UAGUCGCUACCAAAAUUUCCUCUAACUUCUUCCGCUUUACAAAAGCAGUUAUUCACUGCUCCAUAGCCAACCGCUCUGUAAUCAAGCAGUGCUUUGAAAUUAACGGUUGUUGUAGGGCAAUUAUUAAUUUGCAAACUUUCACUUUCGGUUGAAACAAUCGUGAAUCUUUUUAAAACUAUCGCUAUUUUUUUUCUCGGAGUUACGAAAUCAUUGUCAUCUACAUGUUAAUAGCACGCCGUAUUGCGUCACGCAGGAGUACAUUGGAGAUAAGAUGAAAUUCUUGAUCUCCCUUACGGUGCUAUGGACCUUGUUGAUGUGGAAAACUGCUCAUGCGUGUUGCAACUGCAACCAAAAAAUAUUUCCCAGGAGCUGCAACAGUCUAUUGCCUAAGACACCGAGCGGUGUUUACAAAAUCCAGCCCCUGCCUAAACAAGACCCCAUUUUAGUGUACUGCGAGAUGUCAACUGGAGUUAUUGGCGAACACAAUCGCCACUUCAACUUUCUUCCUCGCAGUAUCACUCGUCGACCUGAUGCCCAGCAAAUCAUCAACGCCCUCUUUACCGACAAGAAGAAUGUCCUGAUCAAGUUGCAGAAAAAGGUCGAUCGCAGCGAAGCCUACACUUUGAUCGAGCCUCAUCCAGAUUUUGCCCACGUUCAAUUCCGAUUAUUGGUCAACAGUCACUCUGGUUUCACGAGUCCACAGAAUUCUUUCAUGAGAGACUAUCUCUUCUUCGGAGUUCUCCCAGCAUCGAUUGCUCGACAGAGAAACCUCCAAGGCUUCAAAUCCAACGGGCACCGCGUCCAGUUUAGAAACUGCGACGCAAAUCCAAACAGCUUGUUCGCUUUCAUGCCAAACCAUGAUCUGCAGACACCAAGUAGCUACCAUCCAAAUCUGGUUUACGAAAGGACAGGCUUUGCUGUGGACUGGCGUAAAACCGCUAAGGAGAUCACGAGUCCUGAUCGCAUGAUGCCAAAUAAUUACUUCUUCUUGACGGAGUUGCACUUUGGGGGCUGCGGCUGUUACACAUCCAGUGACCGCUGGAGUAAAUUUGGCUUUCAUGCGUCUGCGAUUGGAAUUCGCUAAAACUGUUUCAUUCGUCACAGUUUCAGCUGCAGGAAUAAUCUCGGUCCUACUUUUCGUUAUUUCGCUAUUUUGCUACUUAGUGUAUGUUAACCGUAGCUAUACCACUUUGUAACUGUUUCAUUACAGCAAUCUUGCGCGAAUAAAAGUUUUUGCUCGUUAUAUCUCA